AGCCCCGCCGCCCAAACCGCGCAGCGGGAAGCUCCACACAGACGGGUAAUCGACGUCAGCGAAUAUCGCCAGGAUCUCUGGCUCCUUCGACCUGGACUCAAACCUGACCACCCGGUUCCUGUUCGCCGAUUAGCGCCACCACGAUGUGUUUCGGGGCCCGCGAGAAGAGCGACGAGGCGGGCGCUGCCCGGUCGCGCGAGCUUGAUAAAAUGAUUCGCGCAGACGAAAAGCGCAUGGCCAAAGAGGUCAAGCUUCUGCUUCUAGGUGCCGGAGAGUCCGGGAAGUCGACGGUCCUUAAGCAGAUGAAGCUCAUCUACGCGCAGGGGUUUAGCAAACACGAAAAGAUGGAAUGGAAGCCCGUGGUGUUCACAAAUAUCCUCCAGUCAUUCCGGCUGAUUGCCGACGCGAUGAACGAUCUGAACAUCGCUUUCGAGAACCCAGAGAACGAGAAACACAUGGCGCAAAUGAUGGUCGACUACGAGAUGACGGCUGAUGAGCCGUUACCAGAAGAGUACUUGGAGCCCGUCAAGAGACUGUGGACGGAUGCGGGCGUCAGGAAGGCGAUGGAGAAGGGAAACGAGUAUGCCCUGCAUGACAACCUCGAUUACUUCUGCAACGACGUGGAGAGGCUCUGGGACAAGAACUACGUCCCGACAGAUCAGGAUCUCCUACGAUCAAGGCUACGGACUACCGGCAUCACCGAAACCGUCUUCGACCUGGGCCAGCUCACAUACCGCAUGUUCGACGUCGGCGGUCAGCGUUCCGAGCGGAAGAAGUGGAUUCACUGCUUUGAGAACGUCAAUUGCCUGCUCUUCCUGGUGGCCAUUUCUGGUUACGAUCAGUGCCUGGUUGAGGACAAGGACGGCAACCAAAUGAACGAAGCCUUGAUGCUGUGGGAGUCGAUCGCCAACUCUCACUGGUUCACAAAAUCGGCGCUCAUCCUCUUCCUCAACAAGAUGGAUCUCUUCAAGGAGAAGCUUGCCAAGAGCCCGAUAACAAACCAUGGUUUCACCGACUACCAGGGGCCACCGAACGACUGGGAGAAGGCCAGCCACUACUUUAUGGACAAGUUCCGCGCCCUAAACCGCAACCCAGAAAAGGAGAUCUACGGCCACUUCACCAACGCCACCGACACAAACCUCCUCAAAAUUACAAUGGGUUCCGUCCAGGACAUGAUCAUCCAGCGGAACCUGAAGCAGCUCAUUCUGUAAGAACACGAUGUUUGCAUCCUCGACUGCUCUUGUUUCCCUCCCCCAGGGCUGGGGAGGCCCAAUUGCAGGCGAACCGGAUCCCCUGCUGUAAGCAUCCACUGCGGACUGCUCGGCCAGCAGCCUUGCCGGGGCACGGUUGCGCAAGGGAGCAGCAGCCGACCCCUUCUUUUAUUGUCUUCUUAUCCUCUCUUUACGAUACCAAACGUUUGUUUUUGUUUAAGCUUCACAUCCCCCCGUGGCGCUGUUCCUAACAAGUGUAUUCUUGAUAGGGUCUGACCACGCACGCCCCACCAAACGCCGACGAGUCUGCCAUCCACGUCUUGAAAGGAUUCCACUGCGUUACCAGCAGGUAACGCAGUACACCCCUUGUUUCGUUGUAUAUAUACACUACACUAUGAUACUAGCGGCUGGGCGUAGCGUUUGUUAUCCUUCUUUCCCUACUUCACCUUCUCAGCUUCAUUCCCCUUGUUUGAAUAAUCUUCUGGAAGCCUUGGAUACGGGAUGGGUAUAGGAGAUCACUGGGUGGAAUUAGAUGUCUAGCGUUUUUGUUUUCUCGCAAACAAAAAUGGAAUCAUGACCGGAUUGAGCCGAUGCCAACGGAGCAGUACCUUAGUGCAUGGCCUUUGUGUUUGAGGGCAGGAGGAAGCGUGGAAGGAAGAAUGACCAUUGGCGAAGGACGCGGCACUUGGGCGGGUCAACGGAGAUGUACUAAAGUUUAAUUCGUCCACCACACCCAAGUUCUGUGCACUUGUGGGGGCAAUUUACGUUUAAGGGGGAGGUGGAGAAGCAGACCAUGCUUACCUUAUAUUAACGUGCUACACUCCGUACCUUAUAUGCUGCAGGACAGUGGGGA